GAUAUCUGGAUUUGUCGCAAGUGUAGUAUAUUGUUCUUAAUACAACUACAUCAUGUCCCCCGCCGAUCUAACCCCGCAGAACGGGAACGGGGUCCCCGCCAACGGCGCCAAUGGCCUUGCCCCCCCUUCGGGCUCAGGCACUCCUCUCGGCUUCCAUCGCGUCCACAACAAACUGCUGGACAGCGUAAAGGGCACUCCCGCUCGCGAACCUUCUCCCCAACCCGUCCACCUUGGAAUCCCCGGCGGCUCCCCGCGCGUCCUGUCUGAAGAGGGUCCCGGAUAUGUGGCAGCCAAGUUUGAGGGCAAGGGCAAGCAGAUGGAACAAGUGAUGGAUCAGCUGGAAGAGAGCGGUUUCAUCCCCUCCGAGUUCAUCUCCACCGAGACGGACUGGUUCUACAACAUGCUCGGCAUCGACGACAUGUAUUUCCAGACCGAAACCGUCGACGCUAUUGCCAGCCACAUCCUCUCCCUCUAUGCCGCAAAGGUCGCCGCCUACGCGAGAGACGACAAGCGCCUGGACAUCAGACUCGACAAGGAGGCCGCUGACCACGCCGUCUACAUCGACACCAGCAGACCCGGCGUCAGCGCCGUCGGCGGCCCCCGCUACGAACAGCGCAUCGACGAGAAGUACAUCGACGGCUCCACCCCGAGCAACAGCUACCGCGUCGAGACCUUCCGCUCUGCCACCUCCCUGCCCGACGACAACCAGCACCAGCUCCGCUGCUACUUCGUCUACAAGUGCCACUUCAACAACCCCCACCCCGACCCGGGCGAGACCAACAUCGAGGUCAUCGGCGAGAAGCGCUUCCUGCAGAAGGCUACCGAGAACACAAAGGCUAUCUAUCAGGAGAUCAUCAGCAAUGCAGUGGCCCGGUCUGGCCCUGUCAUCGAGAUGUUCGAGAUUGAAGGAAGCCGCGAGAAGAGACUGGUCGUCGCGUACCGCCAAGGCUCCGCCAUGGGCUUCUUCAGCGCCCUGUCCGAUCUCUACCACUACUACCGCCUCACCAGCUCCCGGAAGUACCUCGAGAACUUCUCCAACGGCAUCACCGUCGUCUCUCUCUACCUCCGCCCCAUCGCCGGCGCCGAGGCCUCCGGAAGGCACCCGCCCAUCGAGGCUGCCAUCCACCAGAUCAUGAAGGAGGUCUCGCUCCUGUACUGUGUCCCCCAGAACAAGUUCCAGAGCCACUUCGCCAGCGGACGCCUCAGCCUGCAGGAGACCAUCUACGCCCACUGCGUCUGGGUCUUUGUCCAGCAGUUCCUCAACCGUCUCGGCUCCGAAUACACCUCCCUGACCGCCCUGCUCGACUCCAACAACACCGUGCACGCUGAGCUCCUCUCCAAGAUCAAGAAGAGACUGCGCACCGAGACCUUCACCUCCGACUACAUCCUCGAGAUCAUCAACAAGUAUCCCGAGCUCAUCCACAGACUCUACCUCGACUUUGCCAACACCCACUACGUCCAGACCAGAGCCGCCGGUGACGACUUCCUCCCAACCUUGAGUUACCUUCGCCUGCAGGUCGAUGAGGUUCUCGACAGCAAGCAGCUGAAGGACCUCGUCUCCAAGACCGUUGUCAGCGAGCACGACGAGAUGGUCAUGAAGUCCUUCCUCGUCUUCAACAACGCCGUCCUCAAAACCAACUUUUACACCCCGACCAAGGUCGCCCUGAGCUUCCGCCUGAACCCGGACUUCCUGCCCACCCACGAAUACCCACAGCCCCUCUACGGCAUGUUCCUCGUCAUCAGCUCCGAAUUCCGUGGAUUCCACCUUCGCUUCCGUGAUAUCUCGCGCGGUGGUAUCCGUAUCGUCAAGAGUCGGGACAAGGAGGCGUAUGCCAUCAACGCUCGCUCGAUCUUCGAUGAGAAUUACAACUUGGCCAAUACCCAGCAGCGAAAGAACAAGGAUAUCCCAGAAGGAGGAGCCAAAGGUGUUAUCUUGCUCGACGUGAACCACCAAGACAAGGCCAGAGUGGCAUUCGAGAAGUACAUCGACAGCAUCCUCGACCUCCUCCUUCCUCCGGUCAGCCCCGGCAUCAAGGACCCCAUCGUCGAUCUGCACGGUCAGGACGAGAUUCUCUUCAUGGGACCUGACGAGAACACCGCUGAACUGGUCGAUUGGGCUACGAUGCACGCCAAGCAGAGAGGUGCUCCUUGGUGGAAGUCCUUCUUCACCGGCAAGAACCCCAAGCUCGGUGGUAUUCCCCAUGAUACCUACGGCAUGACCACUCUGUCGAUUCGCCAAUACGUCGAGGGCAUCUAUCGCAAGACGGGCGUCGACGAGACCCAGAUCCGCAAGUUGCAGACCGGUGGCCCCGAUGGCGACCUCGGAUCUAACGAGAUCCUGCUCGGCCGUGAGAAAUAUACCGCCAUCGUGGACGGCUCUGGUGUGAUAGUUGAUCCCCAAGGUCUCGAUCGUGAGGAGCUUCUGAGACUCGCAAAGGCGCGUAUCAUGAUCUCCAACUUCGACAUGUCGAAACUCUCGCCUGAGGGAUACAGAGUCCUCGUCGACGACGCCAACGUCACACUUCCCAACGGCGAAGUUGUCCACAACGGAACCGUCUUCCGCAAUACCUUCCAUCUCAGGAAAGGUGAUUACGAUAUGUUCGUGCCCUGCGGCGGUCGUCCCGAGUCCAUCAAUCUGGCCAACGUCUCGAAACUCAUCGUCGACGGCAAGACCACCAUCCCGUAUCUCGUUGAAGGCGCCAACCUCUUCCUUUCCCAGGACUGCAAGCUUCGCCUUGAGAAGAGCGGAUGUGUGCUCUUCAAGGAUGCUUCCGUCAACAAGGGUGGCGUGACAUCUUCUUCGCUUGAGGUCUUGGCCUCCCUGUCCUUUGACGACAAGGGUUUCGCCGAGCACAUGUGCAUCGGCGAGGAUGGCAAGGCACCAGAAUUCUACAACGCCUAUGUUCGCGAGGUCCAGGAGACGAUCAAGCGCAACGCUACUCUGGAGUUUGAAGCCAUCUGGAGGGAGCACGAGCUGACCGGCAUUCCGCGAAGCAUCCUCAGUGACACCCUCAGCGUCGCCAUCACCAAGCUGGAUGAGGAGCUCCAGAAGUCAGAACUCUGGGACAACCUCCGCCUGCGCAAGGCUGUGUUGGGUGAUGCACUUCCUAAGUUGCUCCAGGAGAAGAUCGGCCUGGAUACUCUGCUUGAGCGGGUUCCUGAUAGCUAUCUCCGAUCUAUCUUCGGCAGUUACCUUGCAAGCCGUUUCGUCUAUCAGUACGGCGCUACACCGGGUCAAUUUGCCUUCUUUGAUUUCAUGUCCAAGCGAAUGCCAAAAGAAUAGAUCCAUAGACCUUUUGUGUGCUUUCCCACAUCCGAAACCCCCAGCCUCUUCCCUUCCCUUCCUAUUCCCUAUCCCUAAUUCACUCUGUAUGUUCAAAUGACAUGACCUAUUUUCAAAAAGAAGAUAUCUUAAAAAGGGUAAAGUAAACAAGAUAAAGAAAUGGAAAAAAGAAAAAAAAAACACCCCCAGAAAAGGAGAAGAUUAGGUACUUGGCCUUUUAGAGCGGCCCUCGUGUAAGGAUAAAACCAGAAAAAGGAAAACAAAGCACUCUUAGUGGAAAUAGAAUGACGUCUCUCCU